AUGUUGGCAGUAUCAAGACCAUUUUUAAUUCUUAUAACAAUUUUCUUUUCAAUUCUCCUUAUAUUAAUUUAUCUUUAUUCACAUGAUCAUUAUCAGAAAGAACAUUUACCUAAAACUGAAGUAUUAUUACCAAAUGGAACAAAAUUAUUUCUUACGGAUAAAGAUUCGAAAGGAAAAUCAAGUGAAUUAGAUCAUUGGCAUGAUAAAAUAAAAGAAAAAAUACAAGAUAGCGCAAAUUUUGGUUUUAUUCAUGCAUUUAUUGCAUCAUUGUCUGUUAUUGUUGUUUCGGAAUUAGGAGAUAAAACAUUUUUUAUAGCUGCUAUUAUGGCCAUGCGUCAUCCACGUUUAAUUAUUUAUAUCGGUGCAAUGGGUGCUCUUGGUGCAAUGACUAUUUUAUCAGCAUUAUUAGGAAAUAUUGUAACAAAAUUUGUUCCAAGAAUUUAUACAUAUUAUGCAUCAAGUGUAUUAUUUGCAUGUUUUGGUAUUAAAAUGUUAAGAGAUGGAUAUAUAAUGUCACCAGAUGAAGGAACAGAUGAAUAUGAAGAAGUACAACAUGAAGUGGAGAAAGCGGAAGCUACUGAAGAUUUAGAAUUAGGUAGUGGAACAACAACAAAUAAUCAACAACAACAAAGAUUGCAAUCUGCAUCAAAACAACGAAAUUCAUUAACGAAAUUUACAUCGAUUUUACGUCGUUAUUUAUCACCUAUACUUAUUCAAGCAUUCAUCAUGACUUUUCUUGCUGAAUGGGGUGAUCGAUCUCAAAUAACAACAAUUGUUUUAGCGGCUAGUGAGAAUCUCUUUGGUGUUAUAGUUGGUGGUACAAUUGGUCAUGGUUUAUGUACGGGAUUAGCUGUUAUUGGUGGUCGUUUUGUAGCUCAACGUAUAUCUCCAAAAACAGUGACAUUUGUUGGUGGUAUUGUCUUUAUAUGCUUUGCUUUUUCAGCAUUUUUUAUCCGUCCCGAAUCAUAA